CUUGGCAGGCCUUCUUGGCUUCUGUGGCGAAGCUAGCAUAACUUAAACACGUAGGCUGCGUACGCUGCUUGGCGCGACCGCUGGAACCUCAUCUCCUUAAAGCGGCGGUGUCCGCCCGACUUGGGCAUAAGUAAUCUUGCUGCUAUGCUUCCAAGCUGUAGUCUGAAUCAACCUACAUUUUAAACGGAAGGUGAACCUCUGAGGUAGAAAAUCAAAUAUAUUUUAAAAGUCAGGAUGUGGGAUCAAGGCGGACAGCCUUGGCAGCAAUGGCCCUUGAACCAGCAACAGUGGAUGCAGUCCUUCCAGCACCAGCAGGAUCCAAGCCAGAUUGACUGGGCUGCAUUGGCUCAAGCUUGGAUUGCCCAAAGAGAAGCUUCAGGGCAGCAAAGUAUGGUAGAACAACCACCAGGAAUGAUGCCAAAUGGACAAGAUAUGUCUACAAUGGAAUCUGGUCCAAACAAUCAUGGGAAUUUUCAAGGGGAUUCAAACUUUAACAGAAUGUGGCAACCAGAAUGGGGAAUGCAUCAGCAGCCCCCACAUCCCCCUCCAGAUCAGCCAUGGAUGCCACCAACACCUGGCCCAAUGGACAUUGUUCCUCCUUCCGAAGACAGCAACAGUCAGGACAGUGGGGAAUUUGCCCCUGACAACAGGCAUAUAUUUAACCAGAACAAUCACAACUUUGGUGGACCACCCGAUAAUUUUGCAGUGGGGCCAGUGAACCAGUUUGACUAUCAGCAUGGGGCUGCUUUUGGUCCACCGCAAGGUGGAUUUCAUCCUCCUUAUUGGCAACCAGGACCUCCAGGACCUCCAGCACCUCCCCAGAAUCGAAGAGAAAGGCCAUCAUCAUUCAGGGAUCGGCAGCGAUCACCUAUUGCACUUCCUGUGAAGCAGGAGCCUCCACAAAUUGAUGCAGUAAAACGCAGGACUCUUCCAGCUUGGAUUCGAGAAGGCCUUGAAAAAAUGGAACGUGAAAAGCAGAAGAAAUUGGAGAAAGAAAGAAUGGAGCAACAACGUUCACAAUUGUCCAAAAAAGAAAAGAAGGCCACAGAAGAUGCUGAAGGAGGGGAUGGCCCUCGUUUACCUCAGAGAAGUAAAUUUGAUAGUGAUGAGGAAGAGGAAGACACUGAAAAUGUUGAGGCUGCUAGUAGUGGAAGAGUCACCAGAAGUCCAUCUCCCGUUCCUCAGGAAGAGCACAGUGAACCAGAGAUGACUGAAGAAGAGAAAGAGUAUCAAAUGAUGUUGCUGACAAAAAUGCUUCUAACUGAAAUUCUGCUGGAUGUCACGGAUGAAGAAAUUUAUUAUGUAGCCAAAGAUGCACACCGGAAAGCAACGAAAGCUCCUGCAAAACAGCUGGCACAGUCCAGUGCACUGGCUUCCCUCACUGGACUCGGUGGACUGGGUGGUUAUGGAUCAGGAGACAGUGAAGAUGAGAGGAGUGACAGAGGCUCUGAGUCAUCUGACACUGAUGAUGAGGAAUUACGGCACCGAAUCCGGCAAAAACAGGAAGCUUUUUGGAGAAAAGAAAAGGAACAGCAGCUAUUACAUGAUAAACAGAUGGAAGAAGAAAAGCAGCAAACAGAAAGGGUUACAAAAGAGAUGAAUGAAUUUAUCCAUAAAGAGCAAAAUAGUUUAUCACUACUAGAAGCAAGAGAAGCAGAUGGUGAUGUGGUUAAUGAAAAGAAAAGAACUCCAAAUGAAACUACGUCAGUUUUAGAACCAAAAAAAGAGCAUAAAGAAAAAGAGAAACAAGGAAGAAGUAGAUCAGGAAGUUCUAGUAGUGGUAGUUCCAGUAGCAAUAGCAGGACGAGUAGUACUAGUAGUACUGUCUCUAGCUCUUCAUACAGUUCCAGCUCAGGUAGUAGUCGUACUUCUUCCCGAUCUUCUUCUCCUAAAAGGAAAAAAAGACACAGUAGGAGUAGAUCUCCAACAAUUAAAGCUAGACGGAGUAGAAGUAGAAGUUACUCUCGCAGAAUUAAAAUAGAGAGCAAUAGGGCUAGAGUAAAGAUUAGAGAUAGGAGGAGAUCUAAUAGGAAUAGCAUUGAAAGAGAAAGACGAAGAAAUCGGAGUCCUUCUCGAGAGAGACGUAGAAGUAGAAGUCGCUCAAGGGAUAGGCGAACCAAUCGGUCCAGUCGCAGUAGGAGUCGAGAUAGGCGUAAAAUUGAUGAUCAACGUGGAAAUCUUAGUGGGAGCAGUCAUAAGCAUAAAGGUGAGGCUAAAGAACAAGAGAGAAAAAAGGAGAGGAGCCGAAGUAUAGAUAAAGAUAGGAAAAAGAAAGACAAAGAAAGGGAACGUGAACAGGAUAAAAGAAAAGAGAAACAAAAAAGAGAAGAAAAAGAUUUUAAGUUCAGUAGUCAGGAUGAUAGGUUAAAAAGGAAACGAGAAAGUGAAAGAACAUUCUCUAGGAGUGGUUCUAUAUCUGUUAAAAUUAUCAGACAUGAUUCUAGACAGGAUAGUAAGAAAACUACUACCAAAGAUAGCAAAAAACAUUCAGGCUCUGAUUCUAGUGGAAGGAGCAGUUCUGAAUCUCCAGGAAGUAGCAAAGAAAAGAAGGCUAAGAAGCCUAAACAUAGUCGAUCGCGAUCCAUGGAGAAAUCUCAAAGGUCUGGUAAGAAGGCAAGCCGCAAACACAAGUCUAAGUCCCGAUCAAGAUCAACAACCCCUCCCCGUCGUAAACGCUGAGGAAUGAUGUGGCAAGAAUGCCAUGAUGUUUAAAAAAUUCCAUGAGUUUUAAGGGCUUGUCUCAUUAUAGAGGCACAUUGUGGCUGUGUAGGUGAAACCAGAAUCUUUUUUUUUUUUAAUCUGUAAAUAGGUGUACUUUUUCCAAAUGCUGCUCCAAGUUACUUAAUAGGAUUUCUUUGUAUUACAUUUUUUUCAAAAAAUAGUGCUUAAUAAGACUAUAAACAUGCCAUUCUCUUUCAGCUGUAAUGUUCUUAAAAUUAUUCUUGAAUGUACUGUGAUGUCAAUAAAGCUCUUCAGUUCAUUUUUGUUAA